AUGGUUGCCUUCAAUCGUUUGUCUACUGCUCUCCUUGCUGCCAGUGCCAAAGCUUUGUCCUUGGUUUCUCUCUUUGAUAAUGCCGUGGAUUCUCUUCUUCCCCAGGUUGUGACAACUUUCCCUAACCCAGAUGAGAAGCCCGUUCCAGGAAACUCACCAAUUGUGCAAUGUGAUGCCACCCAACCUCAAUUGUUGGACUUGCAAAAGGUUGUAAUUGACCCCAACCCACCAGCCAAGGGCGAAAACUUGACUUUUGUCGCCACUGGCUUUUUGGCUCAAGACAUUGUCGACGGUGCUUACGUGGAUGUCGAUGUGCGCUAUGGAUUCAUCCGUUUGAUCCACCAGACUUAUGAUUUGUGCGAGGAGGUGACCAACGUCGACAUGGAAUGUCCAAUCAAAAAGGGUGAGCAGGUGAUUUCCAAGCUGGUGGAGAUUCCCGCAGAAGUGCCUCCUGGAAAGUACAUGGUCAAUGCUCGGGCCUACACCGGGGAAGAUGUUCUUAUUGCGUGUUUGAGCGCAACGGUGGAGUUCCCUCCAAAUUAG